AUGGCCUCCAAUAUCCAAGACUCGUCAGAGAAGGGCCUGAAGGAUGAGGUAACAGUUUCGUUGGCGUCAACUCCCUCGCCCGCAGUGGAAGAUGUUAUGGAUGGAGGUCGUGAGGCAUGGUGCACCGUGGCCGGAGGUUUCCUCGUAGUCGCUGUGACCUUUGGCUAUGCAAACAGCUUCGGCGUGUAUCAAGACUUCUAUACGCGGUCUCAUACCGCCUCUGCCUCUGCCAUUAGCUGGAUUGGGUCAACACAGCUUUUUUUCCUGCUCGCAAUGGCGCUACCGGGAGGAAAGUUGUUGGAUAUGGGCUACUUUCGGCACACCACAUUCAUUGGCAGCCUGAUCCUCGUCUUUUCGCUGUUCAUGGUGUCGAUUUGCGACCCUCAAAAGUUCUAUCAACUGUACCUGGCGCAAGGUCUGGGCGUCGGGAUCGGUUCCGGUCUGCUAUACGUCCCCUGUCUUGCAGUCCAAUCCCACCAUUGGCGCGCGCGUCGAGCUUACGCGAUGGGUAUUGUAGCAACAGGAUCCUCGCUUGGUGGUAUCAUGUUCCCAAUUGUCCUGAAUGAACUCUUCAAGACCUCGCUAGGGUUUCAUUGGGGUGUGCGCAUCUCUGCGUUCAUGGGUCUAGCAAUGUUGGGGGCUGCGAACCUUCUAAUGACACCCAAGAAGAAAUUCAAUAGCAACGCGCAGGAUCGGCCUGACCUCGACCUCAAAGGCAUCAUGACCGAUGUUCCGUACUUGAUCUCUAUUUUAGCUAUGUUCUUUGCGAAUUGGGGGAUUUUCUUCCCUUACUUCUAUCUUCAGCUGUUUGCCAUUCUCCACGGGGUCAAUCACACAACAGCGUUCUACUUGAUCGCCAUCAUGAACGCUUCCGCCGUGCCCGGACGAAUCUUGCCUAGCAUGAUGGCGGACCACUUUGGACCAUACAACGUGCUCACGCCGUCGCUCCUGAGCUGCACCGUCCUUAUCUACGCGAUGAUGAGCAUAGGAAACCUCGGCGGCGUCGUCGUGUUCGCUGUCUUGUAUGGAUUCUUUUCCGGCGCAACCCUCACUCUGGCAGCACCCGCGUUCGCAGUUCUCUCGAGGCACCCAUCAGAAGUAGGAGUCCGGUUCGGACUCGCCUUCUCCCUCACUGCCUUCGGGGCGCUUAUUGGCACUCCGGUGACCGGUGCCCUCCUCGGAGACCAUUUCAGAUGGAACAAACCUAUCAUAUUCAGCGGUGUGUCGUGUACUGUGGCCCUCAUUUUCCUCAUGAUCGUGCGACAGGUUUUGGUAAAACGAAAGGGAACCCAGCUAGUAUGA